AUGGAGACACAAUCGAAUCGCCCUCACCGGGCAACCAAGGAGAAGAAAAAGCCACAACGAGGGCAGAAGAAUGUCAAAGCCUUCGCAGUCGCCAACCCAGGCCGUCUGGCUAAGGAAGCUGUACGGUCAAGCGACAUCAAAGAAAAACGUCUUCACGUACCGCAGGUCGACCGCAUUCCCGAAGAAGCCCCUCCUAUUGUCGUCGCCGUCGUCGGACCCUCCGGCGUCGGGAAGACCACACUCAUCAAGAGCUUGAUCAAACGAUACUCGAAGCAGACGCUCUCACAUCCCACCGGCCCCCUCACGGUGGUGACCUCGAAGCGGCGGCGACUCACGUUUUUCGAAUCUCCCUCAGAAUCUCUUGCUGCGAUGAUUGAUGUGGCUAAGAUCGCCGACAUCGUGCUCCUCAUGAUCGACGGAAAUUACGGGUUUGAGAUGGAAACGAUGGAGUUCCUCAACGCAUUGAGCACGUCCGGAAUGCCGGGCAAUGUGUUUGGGAUCCUCACGCACCUGGACCUGUUCAAGAAGCAGAGCACGCUGCGCAUGGCGAAGAAGAGACUGAAACACCGCUUCUGGUCCGAGCUGUACCAGGGUGCGAAGUUGUUUUACUUGUCCGGUGUCAUCAAUGGCCGGUACCCCGACCGUGAGGUGCAUAAUCUGUCGCGGUUUCUGUCGGUGAUGAAGAAUCCGCGGCCGCUCGUGUGGAGGAACAGUCAUCCGUACUGCCUGGCCGAUCGUUUCCUCGAUGUCACCCCGCCGACGGCUAUUGAGGAGAAUGAGAAGUGUGACAGGCAGGUGGCGCUGUACGGGUACCUUCGUGGGACAAAUUUUCCUGCCGACGGUGCGAGGGUUCAUGUUCCUGGUGUAGGGGACCUAACGGUUAAGGAGAUCGAGUCGUUGCCCGACCCUUGUCCUACACCGUUCUUGGAUCAGGCGAUCGCUAAAGCGACUGGCAAGUCUCAUCGACGAAAGCUGGGUGAAAAACAAAAGGUUUUGUUUGCACCCAUGUCCGAUGUUGGAGGUGUCCUUGUGGACAAGGAUGCAGUUUACAUCGAAGUCAAGACCAACACAUUCGACCGAGAUGCGGAUGAUGUUGAGGAUCGUGGGCUGGGCGAACAAUUGAUGAUGAAUCUGCAAGGUGAAAGAAACUUACUAGGAGAGGCAGAAGGUGGUGUACGGCUUUUCCAAGGUGGCCGAGAACUCACAGACGAAGGUGACAUGGGUCGGACCACCAAAAGAGGGGCGCGUUUUAUCCAACAGAACGAAGACAGUACUCAAGAUGUUGAAGACCAGGACGAUGACGAAGGCUUCGUCAGCGGGGAGAGUGGCGGAGAGGAUGAAGACGAACUUGACGAUUACCCAGAGCAUAGAGGGAAGCCUGGGUUUGCUGCAGACGACGAUAUGGCUGAGAAUGAUGAGGAUGACUUGGCAUUCGCCGAGAGCGAUUCUGAUAUGGGUUCUGUCUCAGGAGAACAACAGGGUUCUGGUCUGUUAGAUGAAAACUCAUCCGCGGACGAAGUCGAAGACGAAGACGAGGAUGGUGGUAUACGUUGGAAAGAGAAUCUGGCAGACAAAGCAAGAAGAACACAUGCGUCGAAAGUGGCUUUCCGCGCUGCAGAUCUGUCGAGGCUGAUGUACGACCUAAGUCUGUCCCCGUCCCGAGUAAUGCCUAAGUGGCGGGGAGACGCCCUUACCUCGGACGCAGAAAAUGAUGUCGAUCCCGAAGACGACUUUUUCAAGAAGGCAAAGACAGAUUACGAAGCUGAAAACGAGGAUCGACUCACACCCAGAUACGAUCAUGCAGCACUGUCGACGAAGUGGGAAGACGAAAAUAACAUCCAGGCGCUCAUGUCGCGGUUUACACGAGGGUCUUUGGCUACCGGUGCCAACGCAGACGAUCUUGGAGACGAAGACGAAGAAAACGGGGAAAAUGGCUUUGGCGAUGAAUCCGAUGAAGGCGACGGGGAGUUCGAAGACCUGGAAGCACCUGCAGAGGAAGACCAAGCAGCACAAGAAAAGCUCACGCUCGAUGAAGAAAGGGCGAAGAAUGCCAAACGAAAAGAAGAGCUGAGACUACGAUUCGAAGAAGAAGAUCGAGAAGGAUUUGCCAACAGCAAGAACGAAGUCAAGGCCACGGAAGAUGAAUUUGGGGAGGACGACUGGUAUGAAGCACAAAAGGCCAUGCUGCAAAAGCAGUUGGACAUCAAUCGUGCAGAGUUUGACAGUCUAGACGCUGUCUCCCGAGCACGGGCGGAGGGGUUCAAGGCAGGGACAUAUGCAAGGAUUGUUCUUGACAAGGUGCCGUAUGAGUUUGUUCGAUCGUUCAACCCUCGGAUGCCUGUCAUUGUGGGCGGUUUGGCGCCGACUGAAGAUCGAUUUGGGUUUGUUCACAUCCGGAUUAAACGACAUCGAUGGCACAAGAAAAUCCUCAAAACAAACGAUCCAUUGAUCUUUUCUCUGGGCUGGCGGCGGUUUCAGACCAUGCCGCUGUACUCGAUAUCCGAUUCUCGAACAAGAAAUCGGAUGCUGAAGUAUACACCGGAACACAUGCAUUGCUUUGGAACAUUCUACGGACCACUGGUUGCACCCAACACGGGGUUCUGCUGUGUGCAAUCCUUUUCCAACGCCAACCCCGGGUUUCGAAUAGCAGCCACGGGAGUGGUGUUGAAUGUGGACGAGACGACCGAGAUCGUGAAAAAACUCAAGCUUACGGGGCAUCCAUACAAGGUAUUCCGCAACACGGCGUUCAUUCGGGACAUGUUCAACUCAUCAAUUGAAAUUGCCAAAUUUGAAGGGGCAAGCAUCAAGACGGUAUCUGGGAUUCGAGGACAGAUCAAGCGAGCACUGAGCAAACCUGAAGGGCAUUUUCGAGCGACAUUCGAAGACAAGAUCCUCAUGUCUGACAUUGUAUUCUUACGAGCGUGGUUUCCGGUCAAGCCUCAUCGAUUCUAUAACCCCGUCACCAAUCUUUUAGACGCGCCUCCCAGUGGUGAGAUCAGCGGAGACGGAGAGCGUAUGGAUGAUGGGUCGGGGGCGUGGAAAGCUAUGCGGCUGACGGGAGCCGUCCGUGCGGCCAUGGGGAUUGCAACACCUCUACUCAAAGACUCGGCAUAUAGGAAGAUCGAACGACCAACUCGUCAUUUCAACCCUCUGAGAGUGCCCCGUGCUCUAGCAUCAGAUCUUCCAUUCAAAUCGCAGAUCGUACGACAAAAGGCGCGAAAAGCACCAACAUACCUCCAGAAGCGAGCAGUGGUGUUGGGUGGAGAGGAGAAGAAGGCACGAGAUUUGAUGCAAAAGCUGCAGACGCUACGGAACGAGAAGGUAGAAAAGCGAGCAAAGAAGCAGGAGGAGCGACGGGCAGUGUACCGCAAGAAGGUGGCGGAGAAUCUGGAGAAGAAAUCAGAGAGGGAGAAGAGAGAACGAGAUGAUUACUGGAGGAAAGAAGGGAGGAAACGCAAACCAGCUGGUGAUGGCGGUGGCGGAGGGGGAGGGAAAAGAUACAAACGGUCUUCGUAA